AUGUCGUUGAGCCAUGGCAGCUUCCAAGGCCGGAGCGAGGCGGUCCUCACGGUCACAAUCCUCAUGCUUGCCUUCUGUUCCAUCUUCGUGGCUUUGCGCAUGUUUUCAAGAGCUGUCAUUGUCAAGAAGAUCGCGGUGGACGACUACUUCAUCAUCCUGGCAUGGAUCAUCGCCGCGGGCCUGUCAAUAGCUAUCUGCAUUGGAUGCGCGUGGGGGCUCGGACGGCACGAAGAAAAUGUACCCGGACAAUGGCAGGCGAUGCUGCGAAAGGCGAACUACGUCUUCUCGGUGCUAUACCAGCCAGCGCUCAUGGCCACGAAGACUUCCAUACUUGCGUUCUAUCUGGCUCUUCCGACUUCGAACAGAAUCUUCAAGUGGGCAUGCAUCGGCACGCUCGUGGUGGUCAACGCAGGCGGGCUUGCACUCGGGCUGUUCACGGUCUUCCAGUGCUGGCCCAUAGGUGCAGCCUUCCAGCAUCCUAUUCCUCAGACCGCACAUUGUACCGAUAUCAUCACCAUCUACCUAUCAUCUACGCCACUGAACAUCAUAACGGACCUGGCCAUUCUGUUCCUUCCCAUGCCCAUCUUAACCAGCAUGCGUCUCCCGAAGAAACAGAAGAUCAUUCUCAUCAUCACUUUCAGCUUUGGUGCCUUCGUCGCUGCCGUAGACGUCGUUCGCGUCGUAUAUUUACAAGGGGCAGCCAGGACAAGAAUAAGACAGAUCGCUGUAUUCAGGGAGGAAAACGAUAGCAGGGAAGCCGAGCAGACGGACUUCAGCUGGUACGCUUCGCUCAGCUUCAUGUGGUCGGCCAUUGAAGUAAAUCUCGGAAUCAUGUGCGCUAGUGUACCUGGACUGAAGCCACUCGUGUCUCGAUUCCUGCCUAGCAUGCUCCGCGACGUGGGAGAUCCGACGUCCAGGGUUGGAUCAGUCUCCAGCGGCUCGGACCCAGCCAAGAUGCAAGAAGUCCAGCGUGUGCCGUCCAUGCCGUCGUUACCUGAAGAUGUACGGGCACGCGACUUCUCCAUCUCUCCACGAACGCCUACGGACGACGAAGAACCCAUGGGGAUGAUAGACUUUCUCACGGCUCCUGACCCGCGCCAGGACUCUUCGACCGAUGACGAAGGUACUAUGGGCAUGAUGGACUUUCUUACGACGCCAGAGACGACCCAUCUGCCCCCAGCUACACGCACACAGACUAAUCAAACGAAUACCUCCCGCAAUACGAAUCCGGCAACAGAGCAGACAUUCUUCGACUUCGUCAACAUGAAGCGCAGGAAGGGCCUGCCCUACGUGACUACGAGGGAAUCUAUCUUCCCGAUCUCGGCUGUGACGGUCCUCUUCUUCAUCUGGGGCUUCGAGUACGGGUUGCUGGACGUACUGAACCAGCAAUUCCAACGGGUGGCCCACAUGAGCGCGGCCCAGAGCACCGGCAUCCACAGCGCCUACUUUGCUGGGUACGCAUUCGGCCCUCCCACUGUCGGCCGCCUCGUGCUGAAGCAUUGGGGCUUCAAAGCGUGCUUCACCGUCGGCCUCAGUAUCUUUGGCUGCGGCACGUUGAUCUUCUGGCCCGCUGCCGUUCUCACCUCUUUUUCGGCUUUUAUCAUCACCAACUUCAUCGUCGCCUUCGGCUUGUCGAUACUCGAGGUGGCCGCAAACCCUUUCAUCGCCCUCUGCGGACCAGCCGAGUACUCGGAGAUCAGACUGAAUCUCAGCCAAGCUGUACAAGCAGUCGGCAGUAUUGUGGCGCCGCUGAUUGCAGACAAAGCAUUCUUCACCAGGGUAAUGCACGCGCCGUCUCUUGUUGACACGCAAUGGGCUUACCUGGGCAUCUCACUCUUCACAAUCCUCCUGGCAGUAGUAUACUACUACAUCCCAUUACCAGAAGCUUCUGACGAGGAGCUGGAAGAUGCUGCAGAACGUCUCGACGGUGCGAAUAAUGCGAAGAUGGGCAACGUAAACAUCAUCUGGAUCACCCUGGCUUUCGGAGUCUUCAGCCAGUUCUGCUACGUCGGAGCACAAGAGGCCAACGCGACGAACUACGACGCCUACCUCGAUGUUGUCGCCCCCACAUUCAAUCCCGCGAACACAAUGGCUGUCGCACAUACCACGUUCGCCGUCUCCCGUUUCCUAGCCGCCGGCUUAGGCUUCUGGGUCAAACCUCGCAUCCUGAUGCUGGUUUUCUACAUCGGCAGCAUCCUCUUCUCGGCCUUAGCCAUGCACUACGGAGGCGAUGCCGGAGUGGGCUUCAUGAUCAUGGUCUUCUUCUUCGAAGGCCCGCUCUUCGCGCUCAUCUACGCCCAAUGCCUUCGCGGCAUGGGCAAGCACACCAAACUCGCGAGCGUCUUCAUCACCUCGGCGGUCUGUGGCGGCUCGGUCUUCGCUCCCAUUUCAAGCGUCAUCGCUACGUCUGGUCGAGGGGCUAUGUUCGCUGUGGUGGUGCCUGCCGUCGUCCUGGGCGCUGGGACGAUCUUCCCGAUCUACUUGAACGCGAGUCCAUUAGCGAGGAAGCAGUGCGAUCCGAUUAAAGAUGCUACAUCGCCGGAGCAUAGCCGGCCGGCGAGUGAUGCGAGUCGGACGAGCAGGGCGUUGAGUUUUCUGCAGAGGAACAAGAAGCGCGACUCGCCCGUCUCGGAGUGGAGGGAGCAGAAGAGCAACGAGUUGAGCCCGGUGAGGCAUGGGCUUGCAUGA